GUGACACACUCACAUUGUUGCUCUUGAGAUUUUACGCCGCUGUAAUAGGUAGGCUAAUGUCCGCAUCGCACAAAGCAGAUACUUGACGUCUGUUUUAGCUCGGUUUCUCUUUGUGUGCAUGCAGCAACAUAGAUGGACGUUUUUAGAUUUUGAUGCUCUCUUUGCGCCCGCUGCUGAGGUUUUCAGUUCUGCCACGGACACUCGUGACUCAAACUCGCGGUAAACGCUCGGAGUCUCUCAGUUCCAGUGGCUCAGUCACAGCGCACAGUGCACGGAGCCCAAGUGUCCGAACCCACCGAACCCGACCGUAUUCAGUCCUCCGCGAGGCAGCGAGAAGCCCAGCCCUGGAUUCAAUACUUUUAAUCAAUGGACAGAGCCCUCUCAACGGCCAACCGAGGUACCGACACGCCAUAAGCAGUCCUUAUCCUCUGGCUGGUGUUCACCCUGUAGUGUGGAGGGGGAUGGAGCGUGGCGGAGGAGAAAGCCCUCGUUUACGGGAGAGCCCCGAGCGACGUGGGAGCAGCAGUCCUGAUAUCGGCGGCCCCCCACCGAAGAUGGGCCGUCUGGAGCUCAACGGCAGUCCCACAGGUCACCGUAGUCGCCACAAUGGGGCCCCACAGAGACCUCUCUGUGGUCUGAUGAUUCCAGUCUUCUGUGUGGUGGAGCAGGUGGAUGGAGGGAUGAUAUCAGAUGGAGAGAGUCGGGAGGAACAUGCCGAGUUCGUGCUGGUCAGGAAAGACAUCCUCUUCACUCAGCUGGUUGAGGCUGCACUUCUCGCCCUUGGAUACUCCCACAGUUCUGCAGCCCAGGCACAUGGCAUCAUUAAGGUGGGCCGCUGGAACCCCCUGCCCAUCCAUUACCUGACAGAUGCUCCAGAGGCAACGGUUGCUGAUAUGUUGCUGGACGUUUACCACAUGGUCACGCUACGCAUCCAGAUACAGAGCUUUGCUAAACUGGAGGACCUUCCAUCAGAGCAGUGGAAUCACGCUACAGUACGCAGCGCCCUCAAAGAACUGCUCAAAGAGAUGAACCAGAGCACACUGGCCAAAGAAUGUCCACUCUCCCAGAGUAUGAUCUCCUCGAUAGUGAAUAGUUCCUACUAUGCUAACGUCUCAACUGCCAAGUGCCAAGAGUUUGGUCGCUGGUACAAGAAGUACAAAAAAAUUAAAGGGGACUAUUUGUGGCAAGGACGGGAGAGCUCGGAAAUCAAGGUUGAAAGGGACAGUCUCACUGACUUCUGUGUAUUAGCCCAGCGUCCGCCCCCUCACCUGACUGGUCUGGCGCAGCUCGGUCCAUUGAACAGUGGCGGCUCUCUGGUGAAAGGCGGCUCUGGAGAACAUCAGAAUUCAGCCCAGUCUCAGCCUCCAUCUCAAGGGCAGCCUCAAGCUCCAUCAUCUCAUGGACAGCUCCAUCACAGUCCUCCGCUAAGAGCUCAGGUGCCUCCUCCACUUCCACCAGCCUCCCUGCAACCUCUUUUGGCACCCGGAGGACUCCUCUCACCCCAGCUUAGUCCACAGCUGGUGAGGCAGCAGUUAGCCAUGGCUCAUCUUAUCAACCAGCAGCUGGCCGUCAGCCGCCUCCUGCAUCAGCACCCACAGGCUCUUAACCAGCAGUUUCUCAAUCACCCACCCAUUCCACGGCCUAGCAAGUCCGGUGGUCCUGGAGAGCCCGGGUCCAACCCCUCGGCUGCGGAAGUCUCCUUUGAUAUCUACCAGCAGGUGCGAGAUGAGCUGAAAAGAGCCAGUGUCUCACAGGCAGUGUUCGCUCGAGUUGCCUUCAACCGUACACAGGGCCUGUUAUCGGAGAUCUUGCGAAAAGAGGAGGACCCACGCUCAGCCUCUCAGUCCUUGCUAGUGAACCUCAAAGCAAUGCAGAACUUCCUGAACUUGCAUGAGAGUGAGAGGGACCGAAUUUACCAGGAAGAGCGAGAGCGCAGCAUGAAUCCCCCUGUGAGUCUGCCCCCAAGCACAAACCCCAGCCCUGGUGGCGCCCGCCUUUCUCAGAAAGUGUGGGAGCGCAGCAUCGAUGAACAGUUAACCCCUGACGCAUGGGCAUCUAUUUGGAAGAAUAAGACCAAAAUCACAAUCUCGUCCAAAAUUUCUGGUCCUAACCCUGACCUUCCUCUGAAAAUGGAGCCGCUGGUUAGCAUCACCUCAGCCAUUUAUGAUGAAAUCCAGCAGGAGAUGAAACGGGCAAAAGUGUCUCAGGCACUUUUCGCCAAGGUGGCAGCCAACAAGAGCCAAGGAUGGCUAUGCGAGCUGCUUCGCUGGAAAGAGAGUCCCAGCCCUGAGAACAGGACUCUCUGGGAGAACCUGUGUACUAUCCGGAGGUUUCUGAGCCUUCCACAGGCAGACAGGGAUCUGGUGUAUGAGGAAGAGUCCCGCCAUCACCACAGUGAACGGCUGCACACUGUACUACACUUGCCCACUGAUCCUCAGGCACUUCACAGACAGCCCAUGCAGCCACUGAAGGACCACUCUCCCAUGCGAGAAGAACCUGUUCCCAGUUCUGGAGCUGAAGAGAACCCCCAGGCUAACACAGGUUUAGGCAACAGCGGAGGGGUUAGCAACGUCACAAAAAAACCUCGCUCCCGCACCAAGAUAUCUCUGGAGGCUCUAGGCAUCUUACAGAGCUUCAUCCAAGAUGUGGGCCUCUACCCUGACCAGGAAGCAAUCCACACCCUUUCAGCCCAAUUAGAUCUGCCCAAACACACCAUUGUGAAAUUCUUCCAGAACCAGCGUUAUCACGUGAAGCAUCAUGGUCGACUGAAGGAGCUCGGAUCUGAGGGUGGUGGUGUAGACGUAGCCGAAUAUCGUGAUGAGGAGCUGCUGUCCAGUUCGGAGGAAGCGGAAUCCAGUGAAGAUGGCCACGAGGAGCUCUACAGUGGGCAUGAAAGUGCACCAGCCGGAGCAGCCAACUCAGUCUCAACUCCAGCUGUUUCUUCAGACCAGGAUGAGAAUAAAGACAAAGGCCUGCCUCUGGGAUCAGCCAGACCCAGCUCCCUGCCCCCAUGUGGUUCAUCCCCAAGUCCCCGAGAUCAAGCAGAAUAUCAGAGAUAAAACAGUCUCAACAAAGACUAUACUGUAGGUGGGGAAAGGCAAAGAUUGAGCACUUACAACUAUUCUGUAGUGGAGGAGAGACAGCUUAGAAACUUACUGACAAAGACACAGUGUCCUCUGAGGACCUGUAAAAGGCAAACCAAACCAGACAAGAUCUGCAUUUUGAUUGAGGUGACAUGUAAAGUUCUGGUGUAGAGAGAUGGGUUGUGAUCUGGCCUCAUACCUCACAAGUUACUUACAGGGAUGGCAUGGUACGUAAACAAUCCCUAUGGCGUGCUACAAGGAAAGAAUUUGGUUGGCUGGGAAGCAUUCGUUUUCUAGAUGUAAAUCAUCAAAUUAAGGCAAGAUAGCUGCCUCAACCCCAAGAUGUCACAAGUAUUCAAACUUGCAUGCUAAGAAUGUCAAGAAGGCCAGUCUUUCACCGAGUGUUUCAUUUCUAAUCUGAGAGCAGGGGGUCUCUCACAAAAUACCACUAUCUAUGCCCCCUCUUUAUCUCUACAGGGUUAAAAUGGCAGGGACAGUGCUUUAGAUGAGUCAAUGAUCUCCUAUAGGACACCAACAACUUCACUCCCGUCCGAUCAGGGAACCUAGUGGGUGGCUGUGGCUGUCCUCAUCUUCCCCUCCAUGAUGGGGCAUUCUGGCGGUCGCCAACUGAGGGCCGUGCUUGACUGCUAAAGCUGUCGGUUGGGUUGGAGGUACAGAUGAGAUCUUGGGUGUACACAUCAGCCCAGCCUAGGUACCCUACUAUAAACUCAUGUGGUGUGCUGAAAGGUCCACAGUUAGCCCAGUGGCACUUUUGAAGACCACGCCAUCCUUCCCACAACCAGCCACAAGCGUCAUUCCAAGCAGUCCCACACGGUUCAAGAAAUCACUCCUUUACCCCCACCACCCAUGCAUACCCAAUACAGACUGUGCACAACAUCCCAAUCCGUCACUCCU